AUGAGAUUGAGACCUGCAACAAUCAUUUCUAAUCGGCUGACAUUGAAUUUCGUUUUAGUUCUCGCUUGUUUCACUCUGAACGUGGCCCUUGCAAACUCCCAAUUACUUUGCCGCGCGCGAAUAAGUGAGUCAAAUACAUUUCUAGUCAUUUUGAGAUCUGGAAAACCUUUUUCAGGCAAUCCGACAUGUUUUGGACCCAGAAACAUUGGAACCCCGCUUGGACUUGCAUGUGCCCUGAGGUUUAUGCCCAGGAGAUGCGAACCGAUGCCGUACCUCGGAUGCGGAGGAAGCAACAAUAGAUUCUGCUCCCUUCAAGACUGCCGAAUCAACUGUUUACAAUUUAAGCGUUGCAAUGAAGCUAAACCAUUUUGA